AUGGUACCUCCAAAGGGCAAAUAUGCCUCUAUGACCCGGCAGCACGAUGCGACUCGCCAUCGCGUGCUCGCCAGCGGACGGGCUUCUUGUAUCAACACCACCAUUUCCACUCCCACCAACAAGCCUAGGGUUACCAAAUCUACGCGUCCGAUGACGAAAGCCCAUCGCCCCUUGGGACGUCCUUUCAAAUCACCGGCUCAGAGUACUACCCCCUCGCAACCGGCAUUCCAAGAGAUACGCGCUGCCCAGGCCGGGGCCUCGGCGACCCCGGAAUUUCCCACCCCACCACCUCCUCGCUCAUUGUCGAUGCUCGAGGCACUGCCGGUAGAAGUCAUCGAAUCGGUUUUCCUCUAUUCGUUAAACCUGAACUUCCCUCUCGCAUCACCUGUCCUUGCUGCUGCCAUCUCACGCGAUCACAUUUACAACAUCCUUACCAUCCUUGCCUUCUGGAACGAUGAGCCGAUCUUUCCGGGCAGCCGCGCGAUCGAUCGCAUAUUGGCUCCUCUAAGAUAUGUUCCUCUUUCGGCGGAGGAGAAGGAGCAGCUGCAGCAAGCUGUGUUCCGUUGUCGAUGGCUUACAAUGGAACGCAUGCGGGCACAGAUUCCGACCAUUAUGAUCCUUAGCAUCCAUCGAUAUUGGAUCAACUUGGGCAUCAAGAUGGAUGCGCAAAAUACACAGAGACUGGAAAGGUUCCUGAAGCGUCAAGAUGAUUCUGUCACCACAUUUGAAGGGCAAGGACCGCCACUCGAUGUUGGGCCACCGCUCGCUGCGCCCGUAAAAGUCCUUUCUCUUUUCCGUAUACCCGGUCCUCACAAAUACCGCCUGGUGGUUCGCCCAAUGGUCAUGGUUGAAGUCCGCUCGAUGACCCUGCACAUGGUCCUGACCCGGCCAGGUCUGUCGAUCUUCAAGUUUCCAGACCAUCUCCUGCGCGGGCGAGCCACGGGGUUCACGGCCGACGAUGUGAUGUUCCUUGAGAUGCUCCGCCUAUGUUCUAACAACUCCCUCUGCGGUCCACCCUCCGUUUUGACGUCAACAAGAUCGACCCUCAAUCGGACCGCGCUCCACCAGGGAGUCCGCAAAGCGAUUGAAAGCCAGAACUAUAACGCCCUGGUUUCGCUGCUCAAAUUGGACGAGUUCACGUUCCGCUUUUACGCCCCCAACAAACACUAUCAUCAACUUUACACCAUCCCCUCCGAUCAUUUCAUUGCCGUUACACGAGUCGGCCGCGACAAGCCACAACUCAAUAUCGCUUUCUUUGAAGCCCUCCUUCGCGCGAGCGCAGAGUCCAUCCCCGCGGACGCGCCAGAAAUCCUGCAGUGGACCCUGGAAAACGUUCGCCUUGCUGAGCACAGCCCCUCUGACGAACAUGAGAUCAAUGGCAGAUUGGGUCGUUGGCUGGCUGAUUUUCUGCUCAUCUUGCCCGACCUCCAGCAAAAUCCGCGUGGAGCUUUGGAGACUCAGCUGUUCAUAUAUGGUGGAUUGAACGAUACUCCUCAAGCAAGCCAAUUCCGCCGAGAGGUUCUCGAUCCGCGGCGGCAGCCUUUUCAGAACUGGAUGCCGCAGUCGCAGUUCUGUACCAGUGCUUGGUGGGUGAAAAAGGAUGAACAGUCGAAGGACUAG